AUGUUUCCAACAUCAAAUAUUGAUGGUGUCAAGUUAAAAAAUAGGGCAGUGAACGUAAGAACUAGCAAAUUUAAAACAAUACCAAAAAAUAUUGAUAUUUUGAAACCUUUGCCACGUUUAAACGAUUGCCGUAAUGCAAAUGAAAGAGAAAGUUUACUUAUUAGAAAAAUUCAACAAUGCACAACAUUAUUCGAUUUCUCGGAUCCAAAUAUUGAUAAUAAGAGCCAAAUGGUUAAAAAGAAUGUAUUAAAUGAAUUAAUUGAUUAUAUAACAGAUGAUAAGAAUUCGAUUAGUGAUAAUGCUUCGUCAGAAAUUAUAAAUAUGGUGGCAAAGAAUUUAUUUCGAACUUUACCAUUAAGUGAUUUUGAUCCUAUGGAAGACGAUCCAAUAUUAGAACCAAGUUGGCCUCAUAUGCAAUUAGUUUACGAAUUAUUUCUACGCUUUCUUGAAAAGUUAUCUUUUCAUGAAGUGAAAAAACCACUUGAUCAAGGUUUUGUUGUUCAGAUUAUUCGAUUAUUUGACUCAGAAGAUCCUAGAGAAAGAGAUUAUUUAAAAACCGUUUUACAUAGAAUUUAUGGUAAAUUCAUAAAUUUACGCGCAUUUAUUCGAAAGGAAAUCACAUACACAUUUCUAGAAUUUAUUUAUGAAACUGAACACUUUAAUGGAAUUUCUGAACUUUUGGAAAUAUUUGGCAGCAUUAUAAAUGGAUUUGCAAUACCAGUAAAACCUGAACAUAAAAUAACCCUUCAACGUGUUAUAAUGCCGUUGCAUACUCCAAAAUUGUUGCACAACUAUUGUACACAAUUAGCAUACUGUGUUGUUCAAUACGUGGAGAAAGAAGCUUACUUUGCUCGAAUAUCAAUAAAAGCAUUAUUAAAAUAUUGGCCAAAAACGUGCUCAAAUAAGGAAGCGAUAUUCGUAACAGAAAUCGAAGAAAUAUUAAAUAUAAUUGAUGUAAAUGAAUUUAAAAAAAUACAGGAACCAUUAUUUAAACGGCUUGCAUUGUGCGUGGGAAGCUUACAUUUUCAAGUUGCAGAAAAAUCAUUAUUAUAUUGGCAAAAUGAUUUUGUUUGCCGAUUAAUGGAGGAUAAUUAUAAAACUUUAAUUCCUAUACUGUUCCCUCACUUAUAUCGAAUGAGCAAAGAACAUUGGAGUGAAACAAUUAUAUCGCUGAUAAUGAACGCAUUAAAAUCAUUUAUGGAAUAUGAUCCAAAAUUAUUUGGUGAUUUAACAGCACAAUACAAAAACGAUAAACAAAAGGAUAAACGAAAAACGAAAGAGCGGGAAGAACUUUGGAAAAAAUUAAAUGAUAUUGAAGUAAAACGGAAUAUGUCAAAACUUAAACAAUACAAGCAAAAUAAAUUUCAUUAA